CAUGAACUUCGUUCCAUCUAGCUCAUUGUUAUACACCGACCUUAUUUCCGAGUCAUACUAGCCUAGCAUUGACGAACUGCUGCGAACUCGGGAUCCAGUUAGGGGGCACUCGAGUGCAUAUCGAACAGAAGUACUUACAUUCAGUGCAAUGCAAGGAUAGCACUGUCGGCAUGGACCCAGCCCUAUCCACUUUGCCUCAGGAACUCUGGGACAGUGUCCUCGACUACCUUUGCGACGACCAAGAUACACUCGCUGCUUGCUGUCUGACGUGCCAGGCCUGGCUAGGCAUCGCCCGUAUUCUCCGAUGGCGCACCGUCUCGUGUCCCACGUCGAGACUCCAGCGACGAUUGCAGACAGUUUUGCAGCCUGGAAAAACAAUCCUCAAUCUAGCCCCCCUGAUUGUACACCUCGACAUCCAGCCGGGAAGCAAUGACCUUGACUGGUUUACCGCUCUUCCGAACGUCCAACAUCUGACAUUGCGUAUGCUCGACUGCAUCCAGCAGCGUUGGAUCAACCCACCGGCAUCUCGGAGCCGUAGCAUUCUAGCGGGACGUCUGACGUCCAUUCGGAUGUUGUCGCUGCCCGCCUGCCGCAUCUCGCCGGUAUCCCUGGCCUGGCUACUCACUCUGACGCCAAACCUAUCAGCCCUCGAUUUACUGAAAACGCAGAUAAUGUAUGAUCGCGACCUCAACCCAGACCCCUCCGAUAGCGUGUCUUGCCGCCUAGAGCAUCUGUCGUGGAACUUGAACGACCCCCUUCCCAUUGCCCUUUCGUCCCUGUGCACCUCACUUCGUGGGAUUUCCUUCUGGGGCACUGUACCCACAUGGGCCGCUCGUUGCGGUAUGAUAGGGGGUAUCGACGAGGUAUCGUCGGUGCUACGCAACGCGGGUACGUCCUUGACGACACUUGCCUUGGUGCUUGAGCAUACGCCUCGGUUCUACUCAACGAUUGCAAUGCGGGAGCUGGAGUCUAGGCUGGACCUUUCUCAUAAUCCACAUCUCACGUCGCUUCACAUCGAUAUCGUCGUCGGCAGUCCGAUGACUCGCAACUGGACAGAUAUCCCAUCCUCCGUUCUUGCCUGCAUCCCGCAGACAUUACUCCGUGUCCGACGUGUAGACAUCCACCUGCACCUGUGGCCGCACGAGCAUUUACUCCAGCGACCCCGCCAACAGGAGCACCUCGGCCACGAGAUCACCCACCUACUCCAGGCAAACACCGACCUUGUCGUUACAUUCCACGUGCGCGCCGGAGAGCGGGACGCGCAGAUCGCGCGACGCUCCAUCGCGAAGCGUCUGCGAGUGUCCUGCCCGUGGCUGGCAGAGGAGACGGAGCGCCUGCGAUUUAUCCACGACUUGGUAGUAGGCAGGCCGCCUGUUUGGCACUGGCAGUCUGGCUGGGAAAAGUCGGACACUGUGGGCAGUAUCCCUUUAUUCCAAGUUUUGGCCUAAUACGGAGGCAGGUUCGGUCGGCAACUCUCGCAUAGUUUACCGGCUCCCCAGGGCGGGCAACAACGAAUACGGUAUGCGAAGAGCCGACACGGCGCGUCGACGACGGGACGUGACACAACG